UGCGCACCGCUGCUAGGGGCGGGUAGACGCAAGAUGGCGGCGCUGAGGGCGGCGGGGGCGGCGCUGCUGCGGCCCGGGCGGGGGGCGGCGGCGGGGGUGGGCUACCACAAGAAGGUGGUGGAUCACUACGAGAACCCGCGCAACGUGGGCUCUCUCGAUCGCAACGCUAAGAACGUGGGCACGGGCCUGGUGGGCGCCCCGGCCUGCGGCGACGUCAUGAAGCUGCAGGUGGAAGUGGAUGAGAACGGCCGCAUCGUUGAUGCUCGCUUCAAAACUUUUGGCUGCGGCUCGGCCAUCGCCUCCAGCUCGCUGGCAACGGAGUGGGUGAAAGGGAAGACGGUUGAUGAAGCAUUGAAAAUCAAGAACACAGAUAUUGCAAAAGAACUCUGCCUUCCUCCAGUCAAACUGCACUGCUCUAUGCUGGCUGAGGAUGCAAUCAAGGCUGCCUUGGCUGACUACAAGUUAAAGCAGGAUCCAAAGAAAGGAGAGUCAGAGCAGAAAGCUAACUAAUUCCUAAACGGACUGUUGAGGUUGUCCUCAUUCCAGUUAAAUUUGCAGUGCAAUUAUUCUAGCUAUUAAUAGAAUCCUGCGCACUACUCAAGAAGCUGUAAGAUACGCACAACUCAACGCACAACGUGUCACUGUUCAUGUGUGUACAGCCACUCUGGUAGUGCUUAAAUGACUGGAACGUGGGUAUUUCAGCAGCCUGUGUCCUAUUGGGACUGGUUUUGAAAUAUUAGAAUGGAGGACUGCUCCACUGCAGGGAACCCCAGUAGCUUCUCACAAGAGAGAAUCCUGCUGUUCCAGCAUUGGAAGGGCUGCACUUCUUUUUCCUGGAAAUCUAUAGUUUUGCCUAAUGUUUUAGGGAGUUUAGUGGGAAACAUUGCCUUGGUCUUAAUGUUGAUGUAAGAUCUGCAGGUCACUUUGUGAGUCAAAGCAGUAUAUAAAUUUCGGGUGGUUUGUCUGCAGCUGUGUUGGAGUUUUGUUUCACAAUCUGUGACCUCUCACAUGCUGUCUAUCUGCGUCACGCUGCUCUCUGGGAGGAGCUGAGAUGCUUCACCGGGCACUAGAGGGCACUGCCUGUGUGACUGUGGGAGAUGAGCAAAUAGCAGCAGCUGCGAUUGGGUGCCAGGAAGCACAGACCCAGCAGCAUUAGCAAGGCUUGUUUGUGUCCUCCAAUAGGGCAAGAGUUAACGUUGGAGCAUCUUUUAAAAGUGCUCAACCCUUGGAUUUGCCAAAUACUCUGUUAAAAGAGAUUAAACACACGCUGAGGAUUCAAACCCAGGAUGCAAAUAGCUUAACUGGGAUGUGAUGCUGAGGGGAAUCAACGUGGAAGAGCAGGGGUUGGUCUGUGCCCUCUGGGGGUGCCUUCUGAACUCUCCCCUCCCCCAAGCAGAGCUAGCAGCCAGUGUUCUUAUUACUUAACCAUGGGCAGAAGGGGAUCCUUACCUGCUGCAAAAGCUGGUUUUGGAUGCGAUUUCUGACAGCCUCUGUUGUCUGCUGUAGUUUUAGGGCUGGAUUCUCUUCAGCUGAGAAAGGAGACUCAAAAACACGGCCUGGCAGACACCUCCUCUGAGAGGAGGAGGGUAACCCCUCUGAGCAGGGGUAGUGCUCACCAAGUGGAGGAUUUGCACACCCAGCACAUGAGCUGGCUCCCUGGGAGCGUGGGGCACAGCAUCAUUUCAAAACAUAAACGUUUUAUGGCCGCACAGCAUGGCUUACCCUCUGUUCUUCAGGCCGCUGUGCUCUCCUGGGCCUCAUGGCGAUGGCUAUUUUCCAGGGGAGUAUUGCCACAGAUUUUCAAAUCAAAAGAAAAUACACUCGAAAGCUUUGCCUGCUCUUACAGAUUUUAAACAUCCACACCCCACCCUGUCUUCCUUUCUAGUUUUCAUACCUGGGAUGUUUCACAGCUGCAUUAAAAACAAUGCGUUUGAAAAAAAAUAAAUGGCUCAUUCUGGUUUC